UGUGUGUGUGUGUACAUUGAUCUUGCUUUACUAGAUGAAAUCCUGCAUAAUUGUUACAAUAAAAAAUGUUCUUGUUUUACUAUUGCCUGAAAAACCCUCCACAUCUUCUACUAUAAAAGUGAAAGAAUAUGUGGGAAUAAAUGAAAAUAGGUGUUUCCUAUAAGUCACAUGCGGCUGGUCAUGCUAUUUUCAUAUCACUAAAUGUCAAAUGUUAAACAGCACAAACCCACAAUGUAGAAGAAAGCCCCCAGUGAAGCUGAACAGCUGAACACAUCCUCUAUUUAACCACACUGAUGAUCACAUUCCACUGCUUUACAAACUAAACACAGACAACCACACAAGGAAAUAUAUACGCGUCCAUGUGAUCAGGACAUGAGAGCGUUGUCUGUCAUUUAAAAAAAUAGUUUAAACUCAUAUAUCUAAUCAGAUGUUAUACUGCAACAAGGAGAAAACAAAUAGCCAAUGAAGCAAUAAGUGCGGAUGAGGUUUCUGAAGUUACCCCAUACUUCCUUCUGCUUUGUGAGAGUUAAGGUAGUGACGUUAUUGCUGCAGGCAGAAGCCUGUUGGAACUUGAAGUGGUUAGAUUAGGUUUCAUGAAACACGCAUCACUAGAUAUUGCUUUAGGGAUGUCAAGCAGCAAUGCACAAAAUGUUUGAUGAGUGUCACUUUCUCUUACACAUGGGUGCAGAACCUGGGUUUUAUUCAGGUAUGAGUUCUAGCUCCGGAUCAGAUCGACUGAUCCGCCCACUUACUCUUUCUAGGUAAAGAUCAAACGUGGUCUAAAACCAAUGGGUUCAGCAACAAAUGCGUGUGGUAAUGAUUUACCAUCGGUGGCCUGUCGACACACAGCGCUGCGCUGUGUGGCGCUCAGAGGUCGACCCGCGUGCCAUCGGAGGGGGUCACGAUCAGAUGAAUUUCCAUUCCGUUGUUGUGAAUCUCCGAUGACAAAGUCUGAAUCCCAAAUUUGUCAUCAAGUCACUCACAGAUUGCAUGGAACUGCUCUUAGUAGAUGCCAGCAGUGAAUCAAUUGCCACCUAAUCAAUCUGUGUGAGUAAUUGAAAUUCAGCCCUAAACAUUUCAUUCCUCUCAUGUUUGCUUUAUACGUUAGUUUAGGAGUUUAAGUCACUGUGUUUUCCACAGGAUAACUCUGCAUUGGUGACAUGAGCGCUCAUGAUAAAUCCCAGAUGUCUGUCAAGUUCCCUGUGUAAAUUCCCACCCAAGAGUCCCAACUUGCGCAAUCUGAUUGUGAGUCAUGUGCCGACGGCAGAUAUAAAAAGGGCUCUCCACUGCUAAGUUCAGUCAGUGAGGAGGCAGCGGAGCCACAGAAAGGAAAAGUAGAGAAGGGGGAAAGUGAAAGAAGAGCGAGCCACCUUCCAUCCACUGCUUCAGUCUUCGCAGACAGCUUCCUGCAGCGCUUUCCUCAUCUCUGAGCAGCUUAGUUGUUGCAGAAUUUGCAAAAGGCAUAAAGAAACAAUGAUGAGCAGCAGGGUCAUUAUCAUUGCUGUCGCGGUGCUCCUGGCGUCCCUCGCCACCAACGAAGGAAUGAGCCUGGGCGUGGAGCUGCACUGCCGCUGCAUCAAGACGGAGAGCAGACGCAUCCGGUUCAUCGAGAAGGUGGAGCUGAUCCCGCCCAACCCUCACUGCGACAAGCUUGAAGUCAUUGCCACGCUGAGGAAAUCAGGCAGGCAGGUCUGCCUCGACCCCGAGGCUCUGUGGGUGAAGGAAAUAAUCGACAAAAUAACGAACAGUACACAGUAAACAGAAGGCGAAGGCGUGAAAUGUCCCUCAGAAGACGGAGCUGUGAAAGUACCGAAAAGUAUCUGUUUCAUGGGAGGAACUGUUUAUUGUUGAGAGUCAACUGACCACACUACUGUGUUUGUAUCAAACACGCUAUAUAUGAAUUAUUCUUCUUACUUUGCCUGUGAGUCACUUGGUGCAGCCUCUUAUUAUUUUGGCUGCUCCUGAAAUGAGUAAAAUCAAAUCACUGCGCUCUUUAACCUAUGAUUAUUUAUUGAUGUAUUUAUGAAAAUGUUACCUGCUUAUUUAUAUGUUUUUUGUACUCUAAAUUUAUCAAUUUAAUAAAACAUUGAUUCCUAUUGA